AUGGCAGCUACUCAUGGGAGAAUAGUCUUGUUCAUGUUGCUUGCAACAUUUAUGUGGUUUAAUGUCCAAAAUUCAUUAGUGAGUUGUGCUUUAACACCAAAAUUACAAAAGAAAAUAGCUAAAAUCAACAAAGAGGGUCCUUAUUUGGGUUUAGUCAUGCCAAAUUCUUUUGAACUUAAUCCUCUUCUUCAAAAUCCAGGCUAUACUCCUACUGACACCAUCAUAGAUUUUUCAGGAAGGAGAUUUCGUUUUGGAUACAUCGGUGACAAAGGAAGGAGAUUUCGUUUUGGAUACAUCGGUGACAAACCUAGAUUUGGACAAGGUGCUAACGAUACGUUACCAUUAGAAAACAAUGGAGACUACACAAGAGACGUCGGAUUCAUCAAAUUUUCAGACUUCACCUCAAACAUAAGUGCUGCCGACAGUGUCACAGUUGAUAACCAUCUCAACAGCCUUUGGUAUCAACCAGAAGAGAUUUUUCCCAUUGAUGGCAUUCCUGAACAAAGGCAACAUGCUCUUUGGGUUCCAGUUAAUGCCAAGUAUUACCGUAUUGCCAAAAAACUUGAGAAAAUGAAGCUAGAAGCAUGCAUAGACUCAAACAAAUGUUUGACAACAACACCAAAGGUUGUGCUUGUGGAGAGAGGAACAAGUGCAGGAUUCUUCCUAGACAAUGCAGCAUACAGAACAUUUAUUCACAGUAAAUUUAACGUGAGUCCAGUCGACAUGGAAAGUGCAUCAGUUGCUCUUAUAUGCUUGCAGCAAAGGAUUCCUUUCAUUGCUAUUAGGGCUCUUUCUGAUUUGGCCGGUGGUGGCACGGCGGAGUCGAACGAGGCUGAUACCUUCUCGCCGCUCGCCGCCACUAACUCCGUCGCUGUAGUCAUUGAGUUUGUGAAGCAAUUGUCUCACCAUUCCUAAUUGGUGAUCAGUUUUGUGAUGUUUUCAAUAAUCCGUAA